GCAUGGCGGACCAGGGGCGCCUCGCCCUACAGAGAAUCCGCAUGAGGCUGCAGGGCCUUUUCGAGAGCGCCGAGGACGCCCAGGAGGGCGCCGACCCGCUGGUGGAUGUGACGCAGCAGUACCCGGAGGAGGCGGCGUGGUUCAUCAAGAUAGUGAUGCUCUUCGGGAGCGUCUCUGGUCUCGUGAUCCUGAUCCCCCGUCCCUUGCAGCGUAUUCCUCUUCACGUACUGGGCCCCCUGUGA